CCCAGGAACAUGAGUGGACGAGCCCGAGUAAGGGCGCGAGGCAUCACCCCAGGCCACAGCCGCAGGGAAGUGGGGUGCGCCCCAGGAGUCGGCACCGCCACCUUUGCCAGUCCUGGGGAGAGUCAGGCCUCCAGCAGAGGAGCCAGCAGCAUUUCACAGCCACAUGAGGCUGGUGUCUCUUCCGGUGAUGGUGGACGUACGUUCAGGGAAAUGAGAGGCAAAGACAGACGGGACUUUGUAGAUUUGGGUGUCUGUACCAGAGAGAAGUUGGCCCAUGUAAAAGAUUGUAAAACAGGUUCUAGUGGGAUACCUGUGCGGCUGGUCACGAAUCUCUUUGGUUUAGAUUUGCCCCAGGAUUGGCAGCUGUACCAGUACAAUGUCACGUACAGCCCAGAUUUAGCCUCUAGGAGGCUGAAGACUGCUUUGCUUUAUAAUCACAGAAUAAUCCUGGACAAGGCAAAAGCAUUUGAUGGCACCAGCCUUUUCCUCUCAGAAAAGCUGGACCAAAAGGUCACAGAACUGACAUGUGAAACUCAAAGAGGCGAGACUGUAAAGAUAACUGUCACUCUAACGAGCGAGCUGUUCUCAAGCUCUCCUGUGUGCAUUCAGUUCUUCAAUGUCAUCUUCAGAAAGAUCUUUAAAAAGUUGAGUAUGUACCAAAUUGGACGGAACUUCUAUAAACCUUCAGAACCAAUGGAGAUCCCCCAAUACAAAUUGUCCCUAUGGCCUGGGUUUGCCAUCUCUGUGUCCCGCUUUGAAAGCAGACUUCUGUUCAAUGCUGACGUAAGCUACAAAGUCCUCCGAAAUGAGACUGUUUUGGAAUUCAUGACUGAUCUCUGCUUCAGAACCGGCAUGUCCUCCUUCACUGAGGCAUGCCAGAAACAGCUAGUGGGGCUUGUUGUCCUUACCAGAUACAACAACAAAACAUACCGUAUUGAUGACAUUGACUGGUCUGUGAAGCCCACACAUGCCUUUCAGAAGCGGGAUGGCUCUGAGGUCACGUAUGUGGAUUACUACAAGCAGCAAUAUGAUAUCACUUUAUCUGACCUAAAUCAGCCAGUGCUUGUUAGUCUGUUGAAAAGAAAGAGAAAUGAUAAUGCUGAGCCUCAGAUGGUCCACCUGAUCCCGGAGCUCUGCUUUCUCACAGGCCUGACUAGCCAGGCAACCUCGGACUUCCACCUGAUGAAGGCAGUAGCUGAAGAAACUCGGCUCAGUCCUAUGGGAAGACAGCAGCAGCUGGCCCGACUUGUGGAUGACAUCCAGAGGAACCAAGGGGCCCGAUUUGAGCUUGAGACCUGGGGAUUGCGUUUGGGAAGCCAGAUAUCCUUGAACGGCCGGGUGGUUCCUGCUGAAAAAAUACUGCUGCAGGACCACACAUGCCAACCUGCAUCUGCUGCUGACUGGUCCAGAGAGAUGCGAACUUGCAAGGUGUUGAGUUCUCAGCCUUUGACUAGGUGGUUGAUCUUAUGCUGUACCCGGGCUGAGCACUCAAUUGAAGCCUUUCUGAGCUGCUUGAGGAGAGUUGGGAGCUCCAUGGGCUUUAAUGUGGACUACCCAAAAAUCAUAAAAGUAGAUGAAAGACCAGCAGCAUUCCUUCGAGCCAUCCAGCUGCACGUCGACCCUGAUGUUCAGUUGGUGAUGUGCAUCCUGCCUUCUAAUCAGAAGAACUGUUAUGACUCCAUUAAAAAGUACUUGAGUUCUGACUGCCCAGUCCCAAGCCAGUGUGUGCUGACCCGGACCUUGAAUAAGCAAGGAAUGAUGAUGAGUGUGGCCACCAAGAUUGCCAUGCAGAUGACCUGCAAACUUGGCGGAGAACUGUGGGCUGUGGAGAUUCCUUUGAAGUCCCUGAUGGUGGUGGGUAUUGAUAUCUGUAGAGAUGCUCUCAACAAGGAUGUGGUGGUCGUCGGCUUUGUAGCCAGCAUUAACUCCAGGAUCACCAGGUGGUUUUCCCGCUGCGUCCUUCAGAGAACGGCAGCUGACAUUGCAGAUUGCCUAAAAGUCUGCAUGACUGGCGCUCUCAACAAAUGGUACAAGUACAACCAUGAUUUGCCGGCUCGGAUAGUCGCAUACCGAGAUGGCGUGGGGGACGGCCAGCUAAAGGCAGUUUUGGAAUAUGAAGUCCCACAGCUGCUGAGCAGUGUGAUGGAGUGCGGCUCAGAUGCCAGGAGCAGCAGGCUGUCAGUGGUCGUGGUCAGGAAGAGAUGUCUGCUGCGCCUUUUCAUGGAGACAGGCCGCACUGUACAGAACCCCCCACUUGGCACUGUCGUGGACUCAGAAGCAACACGCCCUGAGUGGUAUGACUUCUACUUGGUCAACCAGAUUGCUAACCGGGGAACUGUUAGUCCCACCUACUACAAUGUCAUCUAUGACGACAAUGCCUUGAAGCCUGACCACAUGCAGAGACUGACCUUCAAACUGUGCCAUCUCUACUACAACUGGCAAGGUGUAGUCAGUGUCCCUGCUCCAUGCCAGUAUGCACACAAGCUGACUUUCCUGGUGGCACAAAGCAUUCACAAGGAACCGAGUUUGGAAUUAGCUAACAAUCUCUUCUACCUUUGACAACUGAGCUGACAGCGUGGCUCCAUGGAGACUCCAAAAAGCAGUUGCAAUGUUUUGUACAAAUCUGACUAAAGCUUAAGGCUCUUGAUGCCUAAACGGGGUUGAGCCUAAUUUUAAGUAUUAGGGAGGGGAUGUUGAAAGAAAAAAAGUCAUCUGAAACAGUUAGGAACAAAUCUCUGGGUCCUCCCACCCCCGCCACCUUGUCUAAAACAAAAACAAAACAAGAUCAACAAAAUACUGCAAAGUAACAGGCUUUAAAAAUACAUGUAUGCCAGUUUGCUUCAUCCUUGUGCAUCAUUGUAUUUUUUUUUUAAAGUGAAUGCGUGAGGUGAAUCCUCACUGGUGUUGGGGAUAUAUCAUCAUUUAACUGGAUUCUAAAACAAUGUUUGGUAUCUCGAUGGUGGAUAAG